UCAGUAUAGGCCUGAGGUGUAGAUUGUUCUGUAAAAACGUGUAGAUUUGCACAUAUAGUUACUAUUAGAGAGGUUAUGGAUUUAAAUCAACUAUUUUGAAUGUGAAGUGGAGGACGUGAAGACCAGUAAAGUUAAAAUGGCAGAGUCCAGAGUUCAUAAUCAGUUUAAACUCACCUCAGAAGACUAUGUGAGGGCUGAUGUUGGUGAAGUGGUCACCCUCCUCUGUCACCUCCCACCUGACACCAGUGCUGUUGCCACGACGAUCAGGUGGUUUAAAGAGACAGAGUGUAUUUACCUGUAUCAGAAUGGUCAGGUGACAGAGAGGAGUGGCUAUGAGGGCAGACUGAGUCUGAUCACCCAGGAGCUGGAGAGAGGCAACGUGUCUCUGAGGCUGAGAGACUUCAGGGAGUCAGAUACAGGAGACUACGUAUGUCAGGUCAUCCAUGGAGUACAGAAGGAGGAGGCUGCAGUGGGUUUAUGGGACAGAGGAGAAGAGGAAGAGGACUCAGGAUCAGAGUAUUUACAACAUGAGACCCAGGAGGACAAGCUGAAGAGGGAGGCAUCAGCUGGUGAGCUUGAGUUGAAGAUGGAAAAAGAAUUAAAAGAGAAAUUAAGACAGGAGAUGAUGAACCAACUAGAGGAGAAAGACACACAACUGGAUGAUAUGACCCAGGAAGUGAGAGAGAAAGACAGACUCCUGGAGGAGAAGAACCAGAUAAUGGGACAGAGGGAGAAACUAUUAGAAGAGAAAGAAAACCAACUGGAAGAGAAAGACAAGCAACUAAAGGAUAGAGACAUUCAACUAGAGGCACUGAGAAAGAACCUGCAGGACAAGAACAGCCAAGUAGAGAACUUCAGAGUCCUACUGCAGGAAAAAGACCUUCAACUAGAAGACAGCAACCACAGACUGGGGGAGAAGGACAGACUACUGGAAGAGAGAGACAAACGACUGGAAGAGAGAGACAAACGACUGGAAGAGAGAGACAAACGACUGGAAGAGAGAGACAAACGACUGGAAGAGAGAGACAAACAGCUGGAAGGGAGAGACAAACUACUGAAGGGAAAAGCAAAUGAACUAAAAGAGAGGAGGCAGGAAGUAGAAGAGAAAGAUAACCUACUAGAGGAGAGAGAGAAGCAGUUAAAGGAAAGAGACAAACAGGUGGAGGAUGUCAACAAUGAAAAUGCUGAACUGGCUCAACAGAUAUGUGUUGUGAAGACUGAGGUAGAGAGACUGAGAAGAGAGAUCUCAGCCCAGAUGACUGAACCUGGAGAGACGUCAGAUACAGGUUCCAUACUCCCAGUCAGGAAGAGACACAGCAAGGACCUUCCUCUAUCCAUCUAUAGUGGACCAUCCUCCGUUAUUCGGAAGAAGACCAAAUUGCAGCGUGUGGGAGGAGAGACCUCAGAUACAAACCCCACACUUCCACUGAGGAGGAGACACAGCAUGGAGUUACCUCCUCCAGAUAUGGGAGGAGAGAGCAGCAGUCCAGACUCCCCAGUGUCUCCCAAAUAACAGAACUGGAGAGACGGGUGAAAGAAGAGAGGGAUGAGGAGAAGAAAAUAAAGCUGGAGAGGGAGCUGAAGAGGGAGUCUGAUAGGAGGGAGGAGAUGGAGAGAAAGCUGGAGAGAUUUAGAGAGGAGAGAGAAUGGGAGGAGGGAGAUGGAGGAGAGACACAGACAGGAGAUAGAGGAGAUGAUGGAGAACUAUGAAGGAGAGGCCAGAGUUGAAGCAGAGAGAAUCCUGAUGAAGAUAGUCCUACCUGAGUUACAGAGGAACAUCAUGAUCUACAGAGAUAGACAGAUGAAGGAGAAGGAAAGACAGAUGGAGGAGAAGGAUAGACAUAUGGAGGAGAAGGAUAGACAUAUGGAGGAGAAGGAUGGAGAAAUGGAGAGACUAAGACAGAACUUGAAAGAGGUCAGUGAAGCUCACUCAGUGUUGGAGGGGAAACUGCUGCAAGAGGGGAGAGGUCAGAGGGCACUAAUAGUUAGAGAGACAACUGUUUUGUGUAGGGGUUAGAGAGGAGACUAGUUAGAGAGACAACUGUUUUGUGUAGG